CUGCAGUGCUGCUCUGAUGCCCCAGUACUUGCUUACGCUGUGAUUUCAGAUAACAAAGACAAGUGAAUUGCGAAACACAUGGUAAGAAACCAAAAGCAACUUGCCUUUAUUGAGUUCUCGAGAACGUAAUCGACCAUUUGGUACAUUAUAAAGAUGCAUUAGGAAACUGGAUAUGGUGCCAAAAGAACUCCAUGCGUUUCCAUGACUCUCUUGGACCCUGACUCAGAUACUUUUGGAUAUAUAUUUCUCUUCUAAGAAGAAGAGUGCAUACUUCAAUUCCUCUCUGCCAGCUCACUGGCAGAGAUCUUUCACUAAGAUCAUGGACCAUUCUAAUAGGGAAAAAGAUGAAAGGCAGCGCACGGCGAAAGGAAUGCCAGGAAGGAGCGGGCACGGUUCUCGACCAUCAAGUUCAUCUGCAUCUUCUGGUGUUCUUAUGGUGGGACCCAACUUCAGAGUGGGCAAGAAGAUUGGGUGUGGGAACUUUGGAGAACUCAGACUAGGCAAAAAUCUCUACACCAAUGAAUAUGUAGCGAUCAAACUGGAACCAAUAAAAUCACGUGCACCACAGCUUCAUUUAGAGUACAGGUUUUAUAAACAACUUGGAAGUGCAGCUGAAGGCCUUCCCCAGGUGUAUUACUUUGGACCGUGUGGAAAGUACAACGCCAUGGUACUAGAACUGCUUGGUCCGAGCUUGGAAGAUUUAUUUGACCUCUGUGAUAGGACGUUCACGUUGAAGACGGUAUUAAUGAUAGCCAUCCAGCUGAUAUCUCGAAUGGAAUAUGUGCAUUCAAAGAACCUCAUCUACCGAGAUGUCAAGCCAGAAAACUUCCUUAUUGGCCGGCAAGGCAAUAAGAAGGAGCACGUCAUUCACAUCAUAGACUUUGGAUUGGCGAAGGAGUACAUUGAUCCUGAAACCAAAAAACACAUACCUUACAGGGAACACAAGAGCUUAACUGGAACAGCAAGAUACAUGUCCAUCAACACUCAUCUCGGCAAAGAGCAAAGUCGUCGAGACGAUUUGGAGGCCCUUGGCCAUAUGUUUAUGUAUUUCCUCCGAGGCAGUCUGCCCUGGCAGGGAUUGAAGGCUGACACCUUAAAAGAGAGGUAUCAGAAGAUCGGGGACACAAAGAGAAACACUCCUGUUGAAGUUCUCUGUGAGAACUUUCCAGAGGAGAUGGCCACGUACCUCCGUUAUGUUCGGCGAUUAGACUUCUUUGAGAGACCAGACUACGAUUACUUGCGAACCAUCUUCACAGAGCUGUUUGAAAAGAAAGGCUACACCUUUGACUAUGCCUAUGACUGGGUUGGCAGGCCAAUUCCUACUCCAGUGGGAUCCGUUCACGUAGAUUCUGGGACAUCUGCAGUAACAAGAGACAGCCACAUACAUAGGGAUCGACCAUCACAGCAGGCCCACCGCAAUCAGGCAGCAUCAGAUCGCCGAGGAGAGUGGGAGAUCCAGCCAAACCGGCAGACGAAUACCUCGUACUUGACAUCUCACUUGGCUGCAGAUCGGCAUGGAGGAUCAGUACAGGUGGUCAGCUCGACCAACGGGGAGCUGAAUGUUGAUGACCCAACCGGGGCGCACUCCAACGCACCAAUAACAGCGCAGGCAGAAGUGGAAGUGGUGGAGGAAGCUAACUGCCUGAAAAUGCUCAACUUGUGGUGCUGCUGCUUCUUUAAGAGGAAAAGGAAGAAGACGGCUCAGCGUCACAAGUGACCAGUGCCUCCUGGGGCCUUGCAGGAACACCACCUGCACCUGCAGCUCCUGCCAUGUCUUACUGGAAGGGGCUUCUCUUUAGGGGGGAGGAGGAGGCAUAGGAGGAAGAGAAAAAAGUGACAUUUUAAACCAAAAAGAGAAGAAAACGUUCCAAAACAAACCACUCUGGGGUGGAUCUGCUGAAUGGUCUCCCUCGUUCACUCCAAGCCUGAAGCUCCUUUUGGGACCAGGACUGUGGCUGGCUCAGGUCUUGGUCGCCCUGGGAGGGGGGGCUGGCUGGCUGACCCUCCUUCCUGUUGUUUACGGCGAAGGCAUCGUUCAUGCAAACCUGAGGACUGUGCUUAGUUCCUGCUCACUUUACUCCCCUCCCUCCCCUGUGCUCUCUGCUCCUCCGUCCUCCUCCCUCCUUAAUUCAAAAAAAAGUACCGUAGGCUUGAUUGGCUCUCGAGAGGGCAGGAGGAUGCAGUCUGGGCAAGAGUUGUGCGGGGGAAAGGCCUGACUGCUGCAGCAGUAAGACACAGGUUCCUUUUUAGGCUCCUUGGGAACAGUUACACUGUAAUGUGCAAGCUGUGAGAAAUUUGCAAUCUACUGUUCCAGUUAGGUUUUCUGGCUACCUUGACACCUCCCUCCUCUGAUGGUAACAGAGCAAUGUGGAUUGUUUUAAAGAAA